AGCAAUUUCGACUGGCAGACUGCCGCUUAGCCACCAGUAUUUAUUUACGCUUUAAAUAAUGUGCCGCUUAAGGCGACGGCGGCAACGUUGAUAUUAUCUGCCAGCCUUGAAAUUUGGACCUUGUUAAUAUUUUGUGGAGGAAUUUAAAAAUUGAUUUGCUGCAAAUAACUCUUAGUGACAGUUACGUAUCAGUUGUAAAAAUGAAUGCCAAAGCCACUCAAGCGAUAAUAUUUACAUUAGUAGGAUGUAUGUUGAACAAUAUAUUCUUGGAAUAUAUAAUUAAAUUAGAUCCAGGUGCGGGGCAUUUAAUAACAUUAUGUCAAUUUAUAUUUAUUGCUAUGCAGGGGUUGAUUUUUACAUCUAAAUUUGGUACAGUCAAACCCAAAAUACCCUUUAGCAAUUACAUGACUUUAGUCGUUUUAUUUUUCACUACGAGUGUGGUGAAUAAUUGGGCUUUUGCUUUCAACAUUCCUGUUCCUUUACACAUGAUAUUUAGAGCUGGUUCACUUAUAGCUAAUAUGAUCUUGGGAAUUAUUGUAUUGAAGAAAAAAUAUACCCAUGAAAAAUAUUUAUCUGUCAUUCUUAUAACACUUGGAAUCAUCAUAUGUACUCUAUAUUCCAGUAAAUCUAAAGAAACAUCUUGUACUGACUGUAAUGUUGGAACUGGUGAUGUACCUGAAAAAAAUACAUCAGAAGAAGAAGUUUCCACCGAAUUUUUCUUUUGGUGGAUGAUUGGUAUAUUUCUUCUAACAGGGGCAUUGUUAUUAUCUGCUGCAAUGGGAAUAUUUCAAGAAAGGCUGUAUCAAAAAUAUGAUAAACACCCACAAGAAGCACUUUUUUACACUCAUAUCUUACCCCUCCCUGGAUUUUUGCUCUAUUCAGUUAGUUUAUCAGAACACAUAGACAUAGCAAACAAAAGUGACAUGUACACAGUACCUUUAAUCAACAUAAGUUUACCCAUAAUAUGGUGUCUCUUAUUUCUCAAUGUAGUUACCCAGUAUAUGUGUAUAAGUAACGUUUAUAUAUUAACUUCGGAGUGCGCAUCUCUAACUGUUACUUUGGUAAUUACACUGAGAAAAUUCUUUUCAUUAGUUUUUUCAAUAAUUUAUUUCCAAAAUCCGUUCACUUUGGCUCAUUGGAUUGGUACUAUUAUGGUAUUUACGGGUACUUUGAUGUUUUCCGAAACGCAUAAGAAAAUUUUAGGUGCGUUUUUGCCUCCGCAAGAGAAAGCGUCGAAAAAGAAAAACUAAAAACUGCAUUUUUAUGGAUUUUUAUAUGAGCACAUUGUUUUUUUAACUUAUGUUGUAGACUAUGUUAAAAAUAUACAAUUUUUUCAAUUAUCUACAGUAUUAUCGUUGAAAAUGUUUUAAGCAGUUAUGUUUUUGUUUUAAAAUAAAGUUUAAUAAAAUAGUA